UAAAGCAGAGCCAGGAUGGACAGGAUAAGUAGAGAGGAACAGGACAUCUUUCUGCAGCACAGACCUGAACCCCACGAUUCACCGUCUCCUGCAACUGUGGCCAUGGCAUCAGCAGCUUUACCUACACUGAGUGUCUUACUCUGUGCAUUGGCAUUUAUACUGUACAGCAGUCCAGCAGAUGCAGAUUCAGCUGUGGACUGCUGCCUUACGGUUAGCUAUAAAGAAAUCCCCAAACCCAUCAUCCACAGUUACAAAAAGCAGGUCAGAGGUGAAGGCUGCCCCCGUGAUGCUGUUGUUUUCAAAACCAGGAAAGGUGUCUCCCUUUGUUCUCCAACUGCCAGUGAAGCUAAAUGGGUUGAAGAGCUCACCAAGCAUGUAGACAACAGAUUCAAAAAGUGCAAAGAGAUUAAGUUUAAGGGGAAACGCUGUGAAGGCCUGAACAAAGCUGUUUGAGUAAACACACACACAUUUGCUCACAAAUCCAUAGAAAUGUGGCAGCUGGUGUUGGGAUUGUGACAUAGAGGUCACCACUUGUUAUGAUUUUCUGUUGUGUAAUGCAUUGUUUUGUCUUAACUUAACAAUUUUGGCUUAUUCUUGGAACUUGAUGUGGUAAUUGCUUAAAAAAUUGUUUGCAACUUUAUUCAUUUAUAGACGCUUUGGAUAAAAGCCUCUUUUACUAAAUGUAAAUUUUAAACAGAAAUUGCUGCACUAUAUUUUCUGUAUUGUAUGAUCUGAUUAUUUACAAUAACAUGACUUUUUUUUACUUUUAUACAAAUCAUUUUGUUGUAUUUUUUUUAACAAGAAUUAAAAUGUCUUUGUUCAGCAAUGA